AUGCCCCGAACAAGAGAGGCCGCGGCCGAGCCCGCGACAAGCAGCAGAACCCGAAGCAAAACCGCCACAACCAGCAGCACGGCACCAGGCGGCGGCACAGCCGUAGCGCCACGCGCAGAAGACGAGCUCUCGCGUCCUCCCUCCUCAUCGGCAUCCACCGGCGGAGCCGAGUCAAAGGUAUCAUCACCAAUCAAGCGAGCCGUCGCUGAUGGUGAUGUUGCUACUGCUACUGCUAAGGCUGCCGCUGCCGCUGCUGGGCCUGGCCGGCUACCGGGACCGGUGCGGUUUGUUUUGGUGGUGGUGUUGAGCUUUGCGCUCUUGUCGCUGGGCCGCUCGUUUGUUGAUCACGUGAGUGACAAUGAGGUGGGCAGCAUUGCGAGGGAGACGAAUUCGCAGACUGAGUUGGGGGUGUUGGCUGCGUGGAAACUAUUCGGGCUCGCUCUUGGAUGGCUCGGUGACUAUGACGGCUUCGAUCUUGCAGCCCUCGCCGUGCUCUCGCAUGGUCCCGCGACUUUUCUGAUCUCCGUCUUCUACGGGAUCCGCUCCCUGACGGCCGGGGCUUACCUCGCUGUGGAUGUUGUAUCCGCCUUUCUGCCGUUCGUUCUCCUGCGUCGGUUGUCCAGCGCCCACUCUGCUGCGCCCGGCGUGCCGAACCGCGACAUUGUGGCCGACAAGACCAUCCAGGUGCUCACCGCGCUCCAGUCAUCGCUCGUGUACAGCGUGGUACUAUUCCUGGCCGGCCGGUACCUCCUACCGGACUAUCUAGUGCUUUACUUUUCCGGUAUCCCGACCAUUCGCCCCGCCGCGGACGCCACGUUCCUCGGGCUCGACAACCCGACUACGCUGGCACUCAGCGUGCUCUUUGGUCUUGCGGCCCGGACGUUCAUCUUCACGCCGCUUGUAACCACGCCGCGGACCGCCGAGGACGAAAAGAAUGCCGGCUUCGACCCUGUCAGUGCGACGCUGGGCCAGACCGUGGCGUGGAAUCUUUGGGGGUACACUAGCCGCACUAAGGUCUCGCUCGUCCGUACCGCUGUAGCUAUGCUGUACUCCGCCGUGGGGACGUACCUGGACACUGUGCUUACUGUUCGCGGGGUCGAGCUGUACGGCGCGGUUGUGUAUGCUGGUGUAUGGGUCCUGGCUGCGCUUGUUACGGGGCUGUCACUCCGCUAUGUCGGGAGCAUCUGA